UGUCACAAUAAGGAAAUGACACUAAUACAAAUCUUUCUUGAGUCAGUAGUAGCUGCGAGCCUGUUGUAUCGGUGAUCCUCUGUGAACUGUCGCCGGUUAGUUGUAUGUUUUUUUCCAGCAGAGUGAACCGGACACCUCGCAGGACGCUGCUUUGAAAAAUGAAGUCUUUAAAUCCGCGCUUUAUAUUUUUGUUGAGUCUAACUCUAGUCAGCUCGAGCGUUGGAUUCUACCUUCCGGGUUUAGCGCCAGUCAAUUUCUGCGAGAAAAAACAGGAGGGAGAUGCGGGGGAAUGUCAGACUGAGAUACAGCUGUUGGUGAAUAGACUGGACUCUGUGGAAUCAGUCCUGCCUUAUGAAUAUGAUGCGUUUGAUUUUUGCAAAGACGUGAAUGAAAGAAGGCCCUCAGAGAACCUUGGGCAGGUGUUGUUUGGAGAAAGAAUAGAGACAUCACCUUACAAGUUUACAUUUAAGGUUGACAAGCCAUGUGAGAAGGUCUGCACCAUGUCGUAUGAUAAAGAUUCAAGAGAAGACAAGUUAAAGUUGGACUUUCUAAAGAGAGGGAUGGAGCUGAAUUACCAGCACCACUGGAUUGUUGACAACAUGCCUGUAACAUGGUGUUAUCUUGUGGAAGACAAUCAGCAAGUCUGCAACCCAGGAUUUCCCAUUGGAUGCCUAGUAAACCAAGAUGGAACCCCAAAGGAUGCCUGUGUUAUCAAUGCUGAUUUCAACAAGAAGAACACUUACUAUCUUUUCAACCAUGUGGACAUCACCAUAUUUUACCACAAUGUAGAUGAAACGACUGGGAUGGGUGCUCGACUUGUGGCAGCUACAUUGGAACCUAAGAGCAUCAAGCAUAGUGAUAAUGAUCCAACGUGUGAAGGCUCUCCCAUGGACAUACCAGUAGAAUUCACCAGUAAUCUCAAAUUGACCUACACUUAUUCAAUUCAAUUUAAGCAUAAUAAAGAAAUUAAGUGGGCUUCUCGAUGGGAUUACAUUUUGGUUUCCAUGCCUCACAGCAACAUCCAGUGGUUCAGCAUCAUGAACUCUUUGGUUAUUGUGCUCUUCCUGUCUGGCAUGGUGGCCAUGAUCAUGCUUAGAACAUUGCACAGGGACAUAGCCCAGUACAACCAGAUGGACAAGGAGGAAGCCCAGGAGGAGUCUGGCUGGAAGCAGGUUCAUGGUGAUGUGUUUAGGCCACCCAGGAUGGGCAUGCUUUUGUCUGUCUUCCUCGGACAGGGCACUCAGAUCUUCAUCAUGACCUUCAUCACCCUUUUCUUGGCCUGUCUGGGCUUCCUGUCUCCAGCCAACAGAGGGGCUCUUAUGACCUGUGCGGUGGUGUUGUGGGUUUUGCUUGGCACAUCUGCUGGAUAUGUGUCUUCCAGGCUCUAUAAGACUUUUGGUGGUGAAAACUGGAAAACCAAUGUCCUUCUCACAGCCUUUUUGUGUCCUGGGAUUGUGUUUGUGGAUUUCUUCCUGAUGAAUCUGAUCCUGUGGGUAGAGGGCUCCUCUGCUGCUGUUCCCUUUGGUACACUCGUGGCCAUCCUGGCACUGUGGUUUGGCAUCUCUGUUCCUCUCACUUUUAUGGGUGCAUACUUUGGCUUCAAAAAACCAGGCAUCGAGCCACCGGUGCGAACAAACCAGAUCCCACGCCAAAUUCCUCAGCAGUCAUUCUUCACCAAACCUGUGCCGGGCAUCAUCAUGGGCGGCAUCCUGCCCUUCGGCUGCAUCUUCAUCCAGCUCUUCUUCAUCCUCAACAGCAUUUGGUCUCAUCAGAUGUAUUACAUGUUUGGCUUCCUUUUUCUGGUGUUCAUCAUCCUUGUCAUUACCUGCUCUGAGGCAACUAUUCUGCUCUGCUACUUCCAUUUAUGCGCAGAGGAUUAUCAUUGGUGGUGGCGAUCAUUCCUGACCAGUGGAUUCACAGCGGUGUAUCUGUUUGUCUACGCAUUGCAUUACUUCUACUCAAAACUACAAAUUGUAGGGGCUGCAAGCACCAUCCUCUACUUUGGCUACACCAUGAUCAUGGUGCUCAUUUUCUUCAUUUUCACAGGUACUAUAGGCUUCUUCGCCUGCUUCUUUUUUGUAAAUAAAAUCUACAGUGUGCUGAAAGUGGACUAAGGGAGGGACUUUUGGAGAGCACAACAUCAACUUUUUACAGAUCAGCUUUCACGUGGAAGUCUGAAGAGACAUUUAAAUGAAGGGAGGAAUCAGACGGUACUCUUCUUUCCUAAACCGUUGGUGUGUGGCUCAACUGUAAUUCACUGACCUGCAGUAGGUGUGUGUGCACUCCAAAGACCCCUUUUCAGUGCUUUGUCUUGUGUUGCCUAUGACUUCAUUCCAGCUAAACCCACCGUGCAAACAGAUGGCGAUAUCUUUAUACAUAAAGUUCUUCUUAAGCUUUUAUAUUGACCCAAAUGUCUGUUUUACUCGCUUUGUUUUAUUUCAACAUCUUUUUUUGUACUCAGAUUAGGUUGCGGUCACAUUUACCUUUUGUAUGGUGAAAUUCUGUUGGCUAAAUGCAGUCAUGUUAUUAGGAAUCCAAGCAAUAAAGAAUUUCACAUCAGAUUCAAGUUUUGCCCACAAAAUGUACCAUUUACUGUUGCUCACCAAAAUUUCGCAGGCAAAAUCCAGUUAUUCAAAUAGGAAUCUGUGCAAUCAGGAGUUUUGCGUAAGGGCUAAAAAGUUCCCAAUGCAGAUUUUGAUGGUGUUGAAGAUGAUCAUGCGCAUUCAGUGUGUUGACAAAAGAAAGCUGCUUGGUUUAAAAAUGAAUUCUGUGUCUGAAGCUUAAUGCAUCGCCAUUGACAAUGAAUCUUUUCGGCUAAUGUGACUGCACCACAGUUACCUCGAUGAUGUCACCUAUUGGUGGAUAUCAGUAAUAAUUGUUAAUACGUUGUUAGUAGUAUAAAACUACUUUGUUCCAUGUGUUUUUAUAGGUAUAACUUGCUGACAAAUUGUUUUUUAUGGAGUGAAGGAAGUGGAAUGGUUAAGAAGCACAUUUUUUUUUUUUUUUUGCUAAAGGACACUUUUAUACAAGUAAUAAUAUCUAAACAAUGGGAGCUAUUUAGUGAUUUUCUACUUUGUAAUUUAUUUAAAUGUCAUUACUUAAAAAAAAAAAUAUAGGCUUACACAUUUUUUUUUUUUUCAAUCAUUUAAUUUAAAACCCACAGAAUGUACUGAGCUUCAAGUCUUAUGAGGUAUACAUGAACAUUCUUCACCAUGUUAUAAUGAAAGAAAAAUAAAGCACAAGAUACAUUGUUACAAAAA